GCUCCGAGUCACCCGAAGGCACCUCGCGGACGAAUAAGCACUGGGCUGACCAAAUUAAACCACUGAUGCGCGGCAGUUUCUUCUUCUUAUCCUCCCAUAGAUUCCCCUCAUUGUUAUAUCUGAAACGCUUUCUUCGUUGCAGGACAAUGUCUACCCGGAGUUACCACGAUGCAAUAGAACACCUUAAUUCAUUGCAGACAAACGCUGCUGCUCUUGAGGCUGCCAGGGCUGCCGGUCCCCGUCUUAACCCGAAUGCGAUACCCGAGAUGAUCGAGUUUUUGGAGAGAAUUGAAUACACUUGCGAAGAUCUUAACACACUCAAUGUUAUCCAUAUCACGGGCACCAAGGGAAAAGGGUCUGCCAGCGCUUUCACGGAUUCGAUACUUCGGCAUGCGAAGCCAAACUGGAAAGUUGGCUUGUACACGUCUCCUCAUCUCGUUGCUGUUCGGGAGCGAAUUAGAAUUAAUGGAAAGCCACUGUCGGAGGAAGAUUUUGUAAAGUAUUUUUACGAUGUUUGGGAUCGACUAAACAAAAAUGGUCCAAAAACCCCUGAUUUCCCGGUCAUGCCCAACUACUUCAGAUAUCUCACCCUCAUGGCUUUCCACGCAUUCAUGUCAGAGAAGGUUGACGCAACGAUUCUCGAAGUCGGUAUCGGAGGAGCUGGUGAUAGCACCAAUAUCGUACCAAAACCAAUCGUCACGGGCAUAACUACUCUCGGUCUAGACCAUACCGCAGUCCUUGGUAAAACCAUCGGUGCCAUUGCAUGGCAAAAGGGGGGAAUAUACAAGAAAGGAGUCCCCGCACUGAGCGUUAGUCAGCCAGAAGAAGGAAUGGAAGUCCUCAAGAAGAGAGCCGAAGAGUUGCAAGCAGCUUAUUUCAUGGAAGUCCCUUCCUUACCAGGAAGCGGAUCCAUAAAACUCGGUUUGGCUGGUGAACAUCAAAUUCAAAACGCAGCUCUCGCUGUUCAAAUGGCACAUACCUUCCUACACUCAGUGGAUGCUUCCGGACUUCGACCUGAGCCACUCUUGCAACUCCCGGAACCAUUUCUUGCUGGCCUAGAAUGCACCAGGUGGCCUGGUCGCUGCCAGACAGUGCUCGACCCAAAAUUUCAAGAUACAACCUGGUACCUUGAUGGAGCGCACACUGCCGAAAGUUUGUCUUGUUGCAUGCAGUGGUUUGUCCAAGCAGGUCUUGGGUUGAAGGAACCACAAUCCACUCGUGUCCUGAUAUUCAACUGCACUAGCGGGCGUUCUGGCCCGGCAUUCUUAGGUACCAUCCUGAAGAAGACAAAGGAGUUACUUCUGCGACAGGGGCGUGAAGAAAAAGUUGAGAAUUUCUUCAGUCACGUCAUUUUUUGCAGCAACGUCACGUACGCAGAUGGUCAUUUCAAGGGCGACCUGACUUCACGUGCUUUGUCAAAUGCUGAUCUUCUGCACCUUACAACACAGCAUGAACUUGCUGCUACCUGGUCUCAGCUAAUUCCUACAUUCCCCUCCGAUGCCAUCCACGUCCUCCCAUCCAUAGAGCACGCCAUUCAGACUGUGCGCAGGGUUUCAAACGCCGAAAGGAUCGACGUCCUUGCGACCGGUAGUUUGCAUCUCGUAGGCGGCGUUAUCGAGGUGGCUGGACUAGCCUUGGUUGCCCUUUGAUAUAGACCUUGUUCAACACGUUAUAUAUCCUUAUUCGUGAUGGUAAUGGUCCAUGUACAUUUUAUCAACCUCCGUACCGAUGCCCUCGAUUAUCGAGGUACACGCGUCAAGUAUUCUUGACUUCCACUCCUACAUCACGAAAUGACAUCGGAGAAUU